GGUAGAGAUUCACGAAAUGAAUACUAAUUUUAAAUAUAAAUAUAAUAUACUGUUAGAUAAUGUUAACGAAACCGAUCAAAAUGUAUACGAAUUGGAUAUACCAUUGAACUUAUCACAUUUGGAGUCAUCAUCAAUUGAAGAAUUAUCCCAUCGAAUAAUUAAUAUGUUCAAAACACCGAAGUAUAUUGAAAAUGAUUUAACAAAUGCGUUAAUUAAUUUUAAAACAAAUGCAUGCAAUGAACAUUUCAAUAAUGAAAUCAAAAAACUAAUCGAUAAGAAACAAGAUAUUGAUAUUGAUGAAUGCUGUAAAGGAUGGGAAGAUUAUCUUAAAGAUACAACUUCAACGUAUAGUGAACAUAUUAGUGAAUCUGAUGAACAAGUAUUUGGUUUAGCUUAUCAUAAGUUAGUACAUUCUUCAGCUUUGCAAAUGAUUUUGGAUCGAGAAUACAGUUAUGCACAAUGCGUUCGAGAGUGUUUACAACAGCAAAAUAAACAAUUAAGUAUAUUAUCAAAAAAGCAAAUGCAUGAAAUGAGUAAAGCAAUCGAACAUUUAAAUCAAAGUAUGUCAAAUGAUACCAAUGAUGAAUAUAAAAUCAAUGAACUAUCAAUAAAACAUUUUAAUGCUCAUUCAUACCUCCAUGCACAAUGUUGUUCAGAGAUUAAUACAAUUAAAGAUGUACAGAAACGUAUUUAUCGUACAUGGAUUAUGGAAUUAUUUGAACAACAACAAUUUAAUAAUACAAAUAUAACAACACCAUCUUUAACCACUGCUACAACAAUUGAUUCUGAUUAUAAUAAUGAUAUGAUGAAUGAAAAUGAUAUUGAAGAGAGUUUUACAAUUCAUUUAGGUUCACAAAUGAAACAAAUGUAUAAUAUUCGAUUGAUUAGUACUAAGAUACAAUCAUUUUUUAAUAUUUAUAAUAAUAAUAGUAGAAAGGGAAGUCAAGAUGAUGAUGAUAGUAAUAUAAUUGCGACCGAUAAUCCAGAUUUGAUUAUUAAUAGCUCGGCUCAACGAUUACAAACAGCUAUGGCAUUAUACUCAAAUGAUUUAUGUGGAAUCAUACUUCUGACAGAUAAUAAUAUGGGAUUUACUAGUAUAACAAAAGAAUUUACAAACAUUUGUCAAGAAUCAACUGAAUAUCAUUUUUUAAAUGUCGAUGAUCAAAUGGAAUUAAUUGGCGAAUGCGUACGAAAUAAUUGUAAAUUAUCAAAUACAAACAAUACAAACAAUGGUAGCAACGGUGGUAAUAGUGAUGAAUGGCAAACAAUAUUAUAUAAAAAUUUAAAAGAUGGUGAUAUUUAUAUAACAACUCAUUCAAACUUAUCAAAAGUGCAUGUUGUAUUUCAUUUAAUGUAUAAUAGUACUUGCAGUAGUACGGAUAUUAAUAGUCGUCAUAAUGUUAUACUGGGUAUACGUAAUAUAUUGAAAUUAGCAUGUUCGAAUAAUAUUACAACGUUAACAAUACCAUUGUUAUUACAAAAUGAAAUGUCUGAGGAGAUGACAGUCCAAUGGUGUACAAAACGUGCUGAAUUAAUAUUUAAAUGUGUCAAAGGAUUUAUGAUUGAAAUGGCAUCGUGGGGUGGAUCAGAAUUAAAAAAUUUACAAUUUAUAAUACCAAAAGGUAUUUCAACGUCCGUCUUUACAUCUUUGGCGACAAUGUUAACAACGAUAUUCAAAUUAUCAAACCCUGUUGUAUUUAAAAAACAAUAAUAAAUUUUUUAUUUAUUUUAA